GGUUUCAUUUGGUUCGGCUUCUCUCUCUCGUCUUGACGUAUUCUUGGCUGCUCUGCUCCAGAAAUAUGUGCUAGCGCAGAGCAGACCAAAUCAUCAGCUCCGAAAUUUGGAUUCUUUGGAUGGUUGCACAAUACUAAUCAAGAUAUCUUAGAGAUGGAAGCAGGGAAUGAGAUGAGGGAGGUGAAAUAUGCUGCUGAUAUUUUGUCCAUAAAGGAAGCACAGGCACGCAUCCAGCCGUUUAUACACGAAACUCCAGUCCUGUCCUCUGAAACUUUGAAUCUUAUUGCAGGAAGACAGCUGUUUUUCAAAUGUGAAUGCUUCCAAAAGGGUGGUUCUUUCAAAUUCAGAGGCGCUUGCAAUGCUGUGUUUUCACUUGAUGAUAAUCAGGCUGCUAAAGGGGUUGUAACACACAGCAGUGGUAACCAUGCUGCAGCAUUGUCUUUGGCUGCAAAACUACGGGGUAUUCCUGCAUAUAUAGUUAUACCGAAAAAUGCUCCAAAAUGCAAAGUUGAGAAUGUCAUGCGUUACGGUGGCCAGGUUAUCUGGAGUGAGCCAACAAUGCAGUCAAGAGAAAGUACUGCAGCAAAUAUACUGCAAGAAACUGGCGCAGUUCUUCUACAUCCCUACAAUGACGGGCACAUAAUAAGUGGCCAGGGUACCAUAUCAUUGGAGCUACUGGAACAACAAGUUCCACAGUUAGACGCUAUUAUAGUUCCCAUAAGUGGAGGUGGCUUGAUAUCAGGUGUGGCUUUGGCUGCCAAGUCCAUCAACCCAGCCAUUCGAGUUUUAGCUGCUGAACCUGAGGGAGCUAACGAUGCAGCUCAAUCUAAAGAAGCUGGAAGAAUAAUAACAUUGCAUGAGACCAACACUGUAGCGGAUGGGCUUCGAGCUUUUCUGGGAAAUCUAACCUGGCCAAUAGUAAGAGAUCUCGUCGAUGGAGUAAUAACUGUAGAGGACAAGGAGAUAAUAAACGCAAUGAAACUCUGUUAUGAGAUUCUGAAGGUUGCAGUAGAACCUAGCGGAGCUAUAGGCCUCGCAGCUGUUUUAUCGGACAGUUUCAAAAAUAAUCCUGCUUUGAAGGACUGCACCAAUAUAGGAAUCAUUCUUUCUGGAGGUAAUGUGGAUCUAGGCAUCUUAUGGGAUUCAUACACAAAAUAACUUCUACUUUUUUCUUUGAAUUUUCUUUGCCUUAAUACUUUCUCCUAUAAUGUCGUAAUGAAAACCUCGUGGCAUUUCUACAUAUUUUGUAUGCUAGUCACUAGUUGGUCUACACCUUAUGGCAUUAUACUAUUUUUGACGUAUAAUCUUUCUGAAUAUAUACCUGCCUUAAGUUUAAGGAAUUCCUGCCUUUACAGUUUGAAGAAAAACCCUUAUGUAACACAUGUUUUGCUAGAGGUGUUUAAGAAAUUACAUUUAAAUUUUUUGGAAGCAAUAAAUCGACUGUUUAGACAUCAAAACAAGGCCCAACUACUAAUUAUGAGCUUUCUACACAAUUCCAUACAUUUCCCAGUCUUUCUGACAAGCCAAUUUUGCACAGCAGCUGCUUGUUGGAAUGUUGGUUCAUGAAAAGGCUACAAUUUUGACAAUCUUAAUUACUUCUGCUUCUUGUCCUAGUUCAAUCUUAUAUCUCACUCAAUCUGUUAUUGAAUGCUUCUAUGUAGUUAGUACUAUACAGGUUAGAAAUUGUAUAUGUAUCACUCAAUUUAUGCUGAGGUUUGCAAGUUGAUGUACCAUGGUUUUGGAAUUGAACAAUCAAAGUAAAUGAGAUAACUAACUCCAUUGUAUGCAUUAAACAUUUGGGACCAUUGAGAUGUGAUUGGGUUCUGCACUGGUCCAAAGCAUUGAUGAAACAAGGUGACUGAGGAUGAAGGGACUUUGCUACUUGUGCCUGUCAUUGACUCAUCGUCAAUGGUUGACUUCCAAAACCUAACGUUCAGAUUUAAUGGUCAAGCUCUACUAUAGCAUCCUGUAUAAGUGUAUAUAUAUGCAAGUCACAGUUGUAAUUUGUAUAUAUAUUGCGGACAUGUCUAGUCAGUAACAUUAGUGUUCACUGGCCUAAAACCUUAAAUACUUAAGUUCUAAGUCGGAAAAAAGUACUCCUUUGUUCUUUACUCAUUGUA